CUAACCUCAACUCUAAUGUCCGUACUUGACUUAGACUCGGAGGUAGAUGGUCCUUGCCCAGUAUUCAAAGAGGAUGCGCCAUCGUCUACUCCUUUGAUGCAGGCCAAGCAUUUAUACCUUGGAAGGCGUGGGUUGACAGGCAUCGCAUGUCUCGACCUCGCCGCUUUGGAUUCAACAAUCAAUUCGGAUGCGACUGUGGUGGCUAAUCUACUUUCAAAUUUAAGGAGGCGACAUAAUGACUUUGGGCCCGAGGAGAAGAAGUCCGACAUCAAUGAGUCAGCAGGCAAUUAUUCUUGCUUUCCAUCUUCCUAUUUUGUCAACCAAAACUUCGCCCCUGAAAAAUUUAUCCUUCCAGAGGCUCGAUGGCUCUUAUCGCCGAGUCUUAAAUUCGUCCAAUUUGCUCAGUAG